CUCAUCCCCGCAAUAUGCGUCCAUCAGCGGGAUCUCAGACCUUUAAGAAAAGGUGCAGCCUAUGAGGCGUUCAGCAUGGUCAUCAGGCAGCACGCCUGGACUUAAAAGUGCCGCCGCUACAAAUGGCGGGGCAAUCCCGUUCCCUUUGCCGUGGUUCUGCGUCGUCAUUGCUAACUCGCAGUGCCGUGUAAACUAAUAUCCAUAGCUUCAAAUAGGAUGGAGGGCAUCCUGCCACUUCUGCUAGAACUGUUCACCGGCCUCGUUCAGGCUUUCGGGUUCCGCAACUACAACCUCUGGUCCAACGUCCAUUCUGCUUCAUCGAGGCUACUCUGGCCCGAAGAACGCUCUGCAGAACGCCAGCCACUGCGACAGGAGCAGCAUCAAGAGUGAUCACAGGAGCAAGACGUGUAAGAUGUCAUCUCUCGGCCCAGGUAACAAGUCUGUGCCAGUCUUGAAGAAUUUGACUAUCGACAACAUCACCGAGAACGUAGUGCGCAUCAAUUCGCAAUGCGGCGAUCCACGGUUGAAGUAUAUCAUGGAGCGUCUCGUCUCGCACCUGCACGACUUUGCGCGCGAGACACGCCUCAGCUUCGACGAAUGGAUGGCAGGCAUCCAGUUUCUGACCCAAGUCGGCCAGAUAUGUACAGACGUGCGGCAGGAAUUCAUUCUGCUCUCCGACAUAGUCGGCCUCUCGCUCCUCGUCGACUCGAUCGACCACCCCAAGCCCUCCCACAGUACCGAAGGCACCGUCCUCGGGCCCUUCCACACACACGACGCGCCGGCUGAUCAGAACGGAUUCUCCAUCUCCGCCGACCCCAACGGCGAUCCGCUGCUCGUGCUGUGCACUGUCAAGAGCACGUCCGGCGAGCCCGUGGAGGGCGUCAAGGUCGACAUCUGGGAGACGGACAGUCAUGGCAAGUACGAUGUACAGUACGACGACCGCGGGAACAAGGCCGAUGGGCGCGCUGUCAUACAUAGCGAUACGGAGGGCGUGUUUUGGUUCCAUGCGAUUGUGCCGGUGCCAUAUCCAAUUCCGCACGAUGGGCCGGUGGGCAAGUUGUUGGCGAAGCUGGGGAGGCAUUGCUGGCGGCCGAGUCACUUGCAUUUUAUGUUUGAGAAGGAGGGAUUUGACCACCUGGUUACGGCGCUGUACAUCCGCGGCUCCGACUACGAGACCUCCGACGCAGUAUUCGGCGUCAAAGACUCUCUCAUCGUUGCGCUGGACACGGUGACGCCGGAGCAGGAAAAGCAGUACGACGUCAAGGAAGGCACGAAGCUGCUGACCUAUGAUUUUGUGCUUGUCACAGACGAAGAGACGAAGAAGCUGCGCCACGAGGAGGCCGCGAAGGCCAUGAAGUCUCUGGGUCGCGAGGCAGGCAUGACUAUCAUUAACGGCGUACCCGUGCCAGAUGUUGAUUAAGCUCUGUCGGGAAUCUUGUGAACAGGGCGACGGCUAUGUUGACGUAUUUGAUGCCCUCCAACAGAUUGCGGAUAGGUGAAUAGCUUCAUCUAGGUUCCAUAAUAAGUCACCAGCCUUGACAACUCAGCAUCGACUAUGUCGUACGCAGCCUCUAUCCUUAUCG